AUGCUAAAUCCGAAUUUUACAUUUGGACUUGCUGAAAAAAAACGAUUAGAAUUAAUUAAAUUAAAGAAGCUUGGUCCUAAAUUUCAUGAAACACAUCCAAAAGCGAUUUAUACGAGUAGAGCAUUAAGUUCUUUAAUUUCUAGUCCCAUAUCAAUAAAUUCAUCUAUAUAUUCAUUAAAUAACAAAAUAGGAUAUACUUCUAAAGAAUACGAAUUUGACAUACAUACACAUAGUUCAAAGGAUAUGAUUAUUGUCCAGUCAUCCAAUACCCAACAUCUGGAUAUAGUUUAUUCUGGUAAACCAUUAAAUGCGCAUAUUUCUUCAAAAUAUGUUUCUAAAGAAUAUGAAUUUGAUGUGUUUCCAAGUCCACCAACAAUAAAUAAACGUAAUAUAGAAGAAUCAGCAACUAAUACUCAAGUUAAUCAAAAGCAAGUUAAAACUGCUAACGAUAUUGCAAAUGCUGUAACAUUUAAAGAACAUUUGCCUGUCGAAUAUAAAUUUAUAAAUUAUAUUUAG